AUGGAGAAAGUUAUUAGCGACUCUGUUUUACUAGCUUCUGAAAUUUUACUAUUGUCUUACCCUGAAUUUAUAAUCUCCCAGAGUGGAGUUUUCCGAUUAGGAUUCUUCAGCUUUGCUAAUUCCAGCAAUCGUUAUGUGGGGAUAUUGUACAAUCAAAUCCCCGUACAAACAGUGGUAUGGGUAGCAAACAGAAACAAGCCUCUCAAAGACUCUUCUAGGAUUCUUAACAUAUCAGAUUAUGGCAACCUUGUUGUUUCCAAUGGAAAAGCUGAGGUUGUUUGGUCAUCACAUGUUAACAAUACAGCUCCUAAUGCAACAACUGCCCAGCUUUUAGACUCUGGAAACCUUGUCCUUAGUAAUGGUGAGGAUGGACCAAGCAGCUUAUGGGAGAGUUUUGAAGAUCCUUCUAAUGCCUUCCUUGAAACUAUGAAGAUUAGCAAUGAUGUAAAAAAGGGUCGUAAAGUGGAGAUCAAAUCAUGGAAAAGCCCUGAUGAUCCAUCUGAUGGUAACUUUUCUCUUGGUAUUGAACCUUUUAACAUUCCAGAGGUUGUACUUAGUAACAAUAACAAGCUCUAUUUUCGAACUGGUCCAUGGAAUGGGAAUAUCUUUAUUGGCGUAAUUAUGAAGACCGUCUAUAUUGAUGGGUUUUAUAUUGUUGCAGAUAAUCAACAACAAACGUACUAUAUCACUUAUGAAUUUUCUGAUAACUCUAGGUUGAGGUACUAUGAACUGGAUUCUCAAGGAAAAUUCGUUAAACGAGAAUGGGAUGCGGGGAAAGGUGACUGGAUAAACAGGUACUCUACUUCUCAAACAGAAUCUUCUGUUUAUGGACAGUGGGGGGCAUUAGGGAUCUGCGAUCUAACGAAACAACCCAUUUGCAGUUGCUUAAAGGGGUUUAAGCCUAGGAAUAUAGAGGAAUGGAGUAGAGGUAAUUGGAGUAGAGGGUGUUUUAGGACUACCCUUUUACAAUGCCAAAGGGAUAAGAACAAUGGCAGUGAAGCAGGCCAAGGAGAUGAUGAUGGGUUUUUGAAGCUGAAGACGAUGAAAGUGCCGGUAUUUCCGAACCGGUCAUCAAUAAAUAACGGCGAAUGCAAAGAUCAAUGCAUGAAGAACUGUUCGUGCGUGGCUUAUGCGUAUGAUGCUGGCAUUGGUUGCAUGAUUUGGAGUGGAGAUUUGAUUGAUAUGCAGAAAUUCUCCACUCACGGAGUGGAUCUUUACUUUCGUCUACCAUCUUCGGAGCUUGAUAAAGGGAAAAGCAAUAAAGUAAUUGUUAUUGCAGCAAUAAUUGUGGGUACAGUAACCAUUACGAUUAUGAUACUCUUCUUAUGGUGUUGGCUAAAAGAAGAGGAAGGAAACAAAAACACAAACAGAUCAAACUCCAACUCAACAAAGGAAAUGCAAUGACAAAAUUUUCUACUGAAAAUGUGGGAGAAUAUUCAAUCCGAGUUAAACUCCAGCAGCUGCGGUUAUUCAAUUUCGAAGAACUCGCCAUCGCGACGGGCAACUUCGAUCACGCAAAAAAGCUAGGGCAAGGUGGUUUCGGUCCAGUUUAUAGGGUAAUAAAUAAGGGCGAUUUCCAACUAAUCCAGAGUCAGUGAAAUGACAUUUUUCUUUUUUGCAAACAAGUCUUGUGAGCUGAAUAUUGUGUGCAGGGAAUAUUAAGUGAUGAAAAGGAAAUAGUAGUGAAGAGAUUAUCGAGAGCUUCAGGGCAAGGAUUAGAAGAAUUUAUGAACGAAGUGGAAGUGAUUUCUAAGAUUGAACAUCGAAAUCUAGUUAAAUUACUUGGGUGUUGUGUUGAAGCAGAAGAGAAUAUGCUCGUCUACGAGUAUAUGCCCAACAAAAGUUUGGACACUUUUGUCUUUGGCUUGGGAAAUCAGCAGACUUUCAACGACUUUUUGGAUGAGAUCCUAGCAUUUUUGGGUUGAGAUGACUCACAGCUUUUGAAGAUCUAUCUCUUAGCUUCGAAACGCAUUUUGAUUCACUCAAUUUUGAGUUAGGGAGCUCAAGUUAUGACCAUUUUAAUGAAGACUGUGCGAGCAGAAUUUCUGAGACAGGAAUUACGAAUUUUGAGCUUUUAAUUCGAGUUUAAAUCAUAUUGGGUUUGGGUUUGGGUUUUAGGCUUAAUUUUUAUUAUAUAUGAGCCCAAUAUUUUAUUUAUCUGCUCUUAUUAUUUUAUUAUUAUUUUAUUCCGAAUUUUUGAUAAUUAUUAAGUAUUUUAAGUUAUUUAAGAAUUUUAUGUUAGCAAGAAAGUUUAGUUUAAAAUUACUUCUUGUUUAGAUUAAAUUAGAGUUCUAGUAUAUUUAAGAGUUUUAUUUAGAUUUAUUUAUCUAGCCUAUAUAUAGGCCUUCGAAUUGUACACAAAACAGACAAUUGAUUAUUAUUCUAUUUCUCUUUUGAGUUAAUAAAUUCUCUUUGAGUUUUUCUUUUUUCAAGAA